GGUAUACGGUGUUGAUGUAAACGCUUAACAAGUUUUUUCAUAAUGGCACCUACGAUGACAGCCGCAGUGGUGUGUCUCGUUGCUAUGUUCGCCUCUUUCACAGUGGGAACUAAGUCGUAUUCUCAUAAUUCGACAUACUACAACCCCAUACUGCCAGGUUUUCAUCCAGAUCCGAGCUGCAUAUUUGUAAAGGAAUGGGACAACACUUUUUUCUGUGCAUCUUCGAGCUUUAACGCUUUUCCUGGCAUCCCCUUGCAUGCGAGCAGGGAUCUACAAAACUGGAAACUUAUUGGACAUGUAUUAAAUCGCCGAGAGCAACUUCCUCGCCUCGCGGAAACUAAUAGGUCAACGAGUGGUAUCUGGGCGCCGACACUGAGAUUUCACGACGAAACAUUCUGGCUGGUGACGACGCUGGUCGAUGAUGACAGAACAGCGGAUGAUGCAUCACGAUGGGAUAAUGUGAUAUUUCAGUCAAAUAACCCGUUUGAUCCUUCUGCUUGGACCGAAGCAAUACAUUUCGAUUUUGAAGGCUAUGAUACCUCGCCACUAUGGGAUCUUGACGGGAAGACAUAUAUUGUCGGCGCGCAUGCUUGGCAAGUUUUUCCGGGUAUCCUCUUAGCUGAAACCAACCUAGAGACUGGCGAAGCAGGCGAAUGGGAAGUUAUAUGGAAUGGUACUGGGGGGACUGCUCCGGAAGGGCCCCAUAUAUAUCUUAAGGACGGGUGGUAUUAUUUACUAGCCGCUGAAGGGGGUACGGGAUUAGAGCAUAUGGUUACGAUGGCAAGGUCUAACAGUAUUCAUGGACCUUACGAAGCUAAUCCUGGAAAUCCCGUCCUCACCAAUGCCAAUACAACCAACUAUUUCCAAACUGUUGGCCAUGCAGACCUGUUCCAAGAUUCCACAAGUAACUGGUGGGGUGUUGCACUCUCAACGAGGUCGGGUCCUGAGUACAUAAACUACCCCAUGGGAAGAGAGACUGUAAUGGUGCCAGUCAGGUGGAGCGAUGGUCAAUUUCCGAUUUGGACUCCCUUGAAUGGUGAAAUGAGCGGAUGGGAAUUGCCCCAAGAAACUGCAGUUGUUAAAGGGUCGGGGCCAAUCAUCACCGAAGGAGACGUUGUCAACUUUGAACCAGGAUCAUCACUUCCAGCGCAUUUCACAUAUUGGCGGUUUCCAAACCCUGAAUCGUAUACAGUGUCCCCUCCAGAUCAUCCAAAUACGCUGAGACUAAACCCGUCGAAGUUAAACCUCACAGCACUAAACGGUAACUAUGCUGGUCCCGACGGUCAGACAUUCGUUGGUCGACGCCAACAAGACACACUGUUCACGUAUAGUGUCGACCUCGACUAUGCUCCCACUUCUCGAGAAGAGGAGGCAGGGGUUUCAAUCUUUCUAACACAGAAUCACCACCUAGAUCUAGGCGUCGUCCUACUUCCAGCCAACGAGAGUACUACAUCACUCGCAGAUGCAGGCUAUCCAACGAAUUCUUCAGAGCUGAUCCCUCAACUAAGAUUUCGCGGUAUUUCCUAUGUACCUGUGCCAGAUGACAUUACGUUUCCGAUUCCCGAAGUCUGGUCCAAUAAACCGCUGAGGUUGGAGAUCAAGGCUCAUAACAUGACCCAUUAUUCCAUGUCCGCAGGGCCUGCAGAUGCGCUUUCAGAAAUGCGGACCAUUCUGGACGUAUCGAAUGCGCCCGUCAGCUGGGGAUUUACAGGUGUUAUUCUCGGUGUUUACUGUACGAACAAUGGCUAUGAAGGAAACACGCCGGCGUAUUUCUCCAAAUGGAGAUAUAUUCCGCAAGGGCAAUUCAGGAAUUGACUUCUCAUAGCGAUUAAGGACCAGUGAUACCAAUUCUACUUGUACCAAGAUUUUCCAUCUGCUAGCUACCUAUAUCCUAACCCAAUCCAUUGUCUACGGCGUAUUUCCAUAUAAAUUUCAAGUUGGAUAUUCGUCGCAAGAUUCGUCACCAUAAGUUAGGUGCUUAUUUAGAACAAGAUCCUUGAGUUGAAUGAACUCGGAAUCCUGUUUCCGAAAACGCUGUUGUGCUGGCAUCAGCAGCCCAACCAUAGCCUGUCAUAUCGACUAAUGCAUCAUCGAUGUUGGCAUUCAAUGGCUGCUGUGUAUCAUUCCAUAUAGUUGUUUCGAAAGAAUCGAAUAUGACAUCGUCAAACUGUGGAAGGGUAUCGGAGUCCGAUCCAAUCCUCUCAAUAAAAGCAUAGGCAGCACCGCGACCGUUGCAGAC